GUCUAUGGUAGGUCUGGGAGAGAGAAGGUAACUGUCUAUGGUAGGUCUGGGAGAGAGAAGGGUAACUGUCUAUGGUAGGUCUCGGAGAGAGAGGGUAAUAGUCUAUGAUAGGUCUCGGAGAGAGAAGGGUAAGGUUAUUUUCUUCAACCUCAGAGACUUGUCCAAAUGUGUGCAAGGCAUGCUGCAAGCGGACCCGGGAGUGAUCAGGGAUCGACUACAGAUCUUCCGACUCUUCGUGCAUGAGACGCAGCGCGUGUUCCACGACCGACUCAUCAACUCGGAGGACAAGAUGUUCUUCCAUCAGAUCAUGGCAGAGAUGGCCAGCAAACACUUUGGGGAGACGGUGGAGCCUGAUUCAUUCGUGACGUCUCCCGUCCUUUUUGGCAACUUCAUCAAGAUGGUAUUUUCUGUUGUUUCCCAGGCGUGCCGGUCUAUGGUGAUGUGGGUGCGGGCCAUGGAUCUCUACGCCAAGGUCUUCCGCACAGUGGAGCCCAAGAGAAACGCGUAA